GAGAGAGGAAGGGAGAAAGAGAAACAACGUGAGAGAGAAUUGAUUGGUUGCCUCCCGUAUGCACCUGGACCUGGGAUUGCAGGCGGCCUGACCGAGGAUCAUACCUGACUGGACCAGGGAUCAUUAGCACCUGGACUGGGGACUGAACCCACAACCUAGACCCCUGGAGGAGGGAUGGCCAACCCCCAACCCUUGACUUCCUAAGGCCCUUCUGAAGGAGCUGUGGUGGGAGGACCUUGGGCCAGACAUCCUGCCCACUGCAGGUUACAAAUGAGGACACAACGGCACAUGAAGCUCAGGUGGCCUGCCCAGUGUCACACAACCACUCCUGGCAGCAAUCCUGGACUCCAUGAGGAAGCAGGAGGUGCAGAUGGGCGGGGAAGCUGGCCAGGGCCUUGGUGCUGGCUCCCCAGCUGAGCAGGUGAAAGCCCUUGUGGACCUGCUGGCCGGGAAGGGCUCCCAGGGCUCCCAGGCCCCACAGACCCCUGAGAGGACACCUGACCACACACAGGGAACUCAUGGCAAUGACUCAAGGAUACAGAGACACCGAGAGGCCCUUCUUAGCAGGGCAGGAGGCAGCCUGGAGCUGGGUGGACACUCACCCAGGCUGACCAACCUCCUGCUGGUGGAGGGCCUGAUGGACUUGCAGCUGAGGGAACAUGACUUCACCCAGGUGGAGGCCACGCGUGGGAGCUGGCGCUCCGCCAGGACCAUCGCCCUGAACAGGCUCUUCCUGCCUCUGUCGCGGGUGUCCAUCCCACCCCGCAUCUCCAUCACCAUUGGGGUGGCUGGUGUGGGCAAGACCACCCUGGUAAGGGAUUUUGUCUACCUCUGGGCCCGGGGACAGGUUGGAAAGGACUUCUCACUAGUGCUGCCUUUGACAUUCCGGGAUCUCAACACCCAUGAAAAGCUGUCUGCAGACAGACUCAUCCGCUCCUCCUUUCCACAAGUCGGGGAUUCUGGCCUGGAAGUGGCAGCCCUGGCCAAAGUCCUCCUCAUCCUGGACGGCCUGGAUGAGUGUAAGACUCCUCUGGACUUCUCCAACACCUUGGCCUGCACUGACCCCAAGAAGGACAUACAAGUAGACCACCUGAUCACCAACAUCAUCCGGGGAAACCUCUUCCCAGAAGUUUCUGUCUGGGUCACCUCCCGUCCCAGCGCUGCUGGCCAGAUCCCAGGGGGCCUGGUGGACCGGAUGACUGAGAUCCGGGGCUUUAACAAAGAGGAGAUCAGAGUGUGUUUGGAGCAGAUGUUCCCUGAGGACCAGGUCCUCUUGGACUGGGUCCUGAGCCAGGUGUGGGCCAACAGGGCCCUGUACCUGAUGUGCACCGUUCCAGCCUUCUGCCGACUUGCAGGGUUAGUACUGGGCCACUUGUGCCGCCGUAGGCGGGGGCCCCAGGACACAGAACUGUGGCCUCCAAGAACGCUGUGUGAGCUCUACUCUUGGUACUUCAGGAUGGCCCUCAACGGGGAGGGGCAGGAGAAGGGCAUGAGCCCUCGCAUUGAGCAGCUGGCCCACAGCGGCCGUAAGAUGGUGGGGACGCUGGGCCGGCUGGCCUUCCAUGGGCUUGUCAAGAAGAAGUACGUGUUCUACGAGCCAGACCUGAAGGCAUUUGGAGUGGACCUUGCUCUGCUGCAGAGCACUCUGUGCAGCUGCUUUCUGCAGCGGGAGGAGACCCUGGCCUCCUCAGCAGCCUACUGCUUCACCCACUUGUCCCUGCAGGAGUUUGUGGGGGCCGCGUAUUACUACAGUGCAUCCAAGAGGGCCAUCUUCGACCUCUUUACCGAGGGUGGUGUGUCCUGGCCUCGGCUGGGGUUCCUCACACAUUUCAGGAGUGCAGCCCAGCGGGCCAUGCAGGCUGAGGAUGGACGACUGGAUGUGUUCCUUCGCUUCCUCUCCGGCCUCUUGUCUCCCAGAGUCAAUGCCCUUUUGGCUGGCUCCCUGCUGGCCCCAGGCGAGCACCAGAGCUCCCGGUUGCAGGUGGCCCAGAUUCUGCAGGACUGCCUACACCCCAACAUGGUAGUCUGUGCCCAGGCAGUCAAUGUCCUGCACUGCCUGCAUGAGCUGCAGCACACAGAGCUGGCCCGCAGUGUGGAGGAGGCUAUGGAGACCGGGAGCCUGGCCAGGCUGACUGGCCCCCAACACCGAGCCGCCCUGGCCUACCUUCUGCAGGUUUCAGAUGCCUGCGCCCAGGAGGCCAACCUGUCCCUGUGCCUCAGCCAGGGUGUCCUCCAGAGCCUGUUGCCCCAGCUGCUCUACUGCCAGAGCCUGAGGCUGGACACCAACCAGUUCCAGGACCCUGUGAUGGAGCUGCUGGGCAGCGUGUUGAGUGGAAAUGACUGUCGCAUUCAGAAGAUCAGCUUGGCUGAGAACCAGAUCAGUAACAAAGGGGCCAAAGCUCUGGCCAGAUCCCUUCUCGUCAACAGAAGUCUGACUACUCUAGACCUCCGUAGUAACACCAUUGGACCUCAAGGGGCCAAGGCACUGGCCGAUGCUCUGAAGAUUAACCGCACUCUGGUCUUUCUAAGCCUUCAGAGCAACACGAUCAAGGAUGAUGGUGCCAGGUCCAUGGCUGAGGCCCUGGCAGCCAACAGGACCCUCUCCGUGAUACACCUGCAGAAGAACACCAUUGGGCCAGUGGGAGCCCAGAAGAUGGCAGAUGCUUUGAAGCAGAACAGGAGUCUGAAGGAGCUCAUGUUCUCCAGUAACGGCAUUGGUAAUAAAGGUGCCAAGGCCCUGGCUGAAGCCCUGAAGGUGAACCAGGUCCUGGAGAGCCUGGACCUGCAGAGCAAUUCCAUCAGUGACGCAGGAGUGGCAGCGCUGAUGGGGGCCCUCUGCACCAACCAAACCCUCCUCAGCCUCAACCUGCGAGAAAACUCCAUCAGCCCAAAGGGAGCCCAGGAUCUGGCUCAAGCACUCUGCACCAACAGCACCCUGAAGAACCUGGACCUGACAGCCAACCUCCUUCACGACGAGGGUGCCCAGGCCAUCGCAGUGGCAGUGAAAGAAAACCACACCCUCAUGUCCCUUCACCUGCAGUGGAACUUCAUCCAGGCCAGCGCCGCCAAGGCCCUGGGACAAGCACUACAGUUCAACAGGAGCCUGAUCAGCCUUGAUUUACAGGAGAAUGCCAUUGGGGAUGAAGGCGCCUGCGCAGUGGCCGGUGCACUGAAGGCAAACACGACCCUCACUGCUCUCUAUCUCCAGGUGGCUUCCAUUGGUGCGCUGGGGGCCCAGGCACUGGGGGAGGCCCUAGCUGUGAACAGAACCUUGGAGAUUCUUGACUUAAGAGGAAAUGCCAUUGGGGUGGCUGGAGCUAAAGCCCUGGCAAAUGCUCUGAAGGUCAACUCAAGCCUCCGAAGACUCAAUCUUCAAGAGAAUUCUUUGGGGAUGGACGGGGCGAUAUGCAUUGCCACCGCACUGUCAGGAAACCACGGGAUCCAGCACAUCAAUCUCCAGGGCAAUCGCAUUGGGGAAUCCGGUGCCAGGAUGAUCUCAGAGACUAUCAAGACAAAUGCUCCCUUGUGCACUGUUGAAAUGUGAGCACAGCAAAUUCCUGGUGGACCGGGCAGGAUGGGCAGACACAGCUGGAAGCCUUCAAACAAAAUGACCACUUUCCAGGGUGAUUUCCUGUGAUCUGGGAAUGACACUGACCCACAUGCAAGCUGGUAUCCUACAAAGAGGCAGGAAAGAUGCUGCCAAAGGAGGUCACAAGCACUGACCUCUCCUGGUCCAGGGUCAGUCUAGGCAGGAGUGCAAUGGACACUGGCAUGGCACACAGAGGAAAGGGUCUUCCCCCAAGGGACCCAGGACUUACACCUUAAAGCUCAGCAGGUAAGAAGCUGGUCUGAGCUUAUUCAUACCUUGAGAUCUUCAUAUGGCCCCAACUUUUUAAUUAUUACUGCCUUUUCCCACUCACCUGAUUAAAAUCAUCCCCCUCCCUCUGAAAUGAGUUGCCAUAUUCCUGCCCAUUGGCACUGGUAACAGAGAGGACCUCUCUUUUCUGAAGAACAUUCUAGGACUAUGAUCCUCAGAGAUAUAUGGAAAAAUAUAGGAAUAUUUUGAAGAGAAAUAAAAGCUUUAAUCAUAGAAUUCUGGAGACAGAGACAGAGACAAAAAAAAAAACUUUCUCAAGGAUUUUGCCAUUUUUUACCCAUUACAAAAUCUCUCACAGGCAUGGAGUCUGGCACACUGGUUAUCAAUAGCAUGCUAAAUGUUGAUGCCUUAAUAGUGUUAUUCUGCAUUGGGCUUCCAAACCACUACUCUGCUCCAGCUUCACUCUGAAGGCAAGCUGAACUUCCAUGUGGCAUAAAUUCUCUCAGAUGUCUGUGUUGAAAAGGGAAAGAUCCCAAAUGGAAACUACAGUUCUCAUCAACUUAAAAAAAAA